UGUUGGUUAAGGUUAUGUUUCAGGUGUUUUCAUGUUUAGUUUUAAAAAUUAGUUGAGAAUCAGAAUGUUUAUCUUAGCCGAAAUGAAAAAUGUGACUAGAAUACCCCCAGAGUUAUUCAAUUUACACUUGAACGAUGCAAUAGCAGGAGAACUGAACAACAAACUGGCAAACAAAGUGGUACUUAACGUAGGCCUGUGUAUUGCUUUGUACGACAUCGUCAGUCUACAAGAAUCCUUCAUAAUACCCGGCGACGGAGCCUCCCACACCAGAGUCAACUUCAGGUUCAUCGUGUUCAGACCCUUCAUCGAGGAAAUUCUCACGGGAAAAAUUCGAAGUUGCAGUCAAGAAGGCGUCCACGUGACUCUGGGCUUCUUCGAGGAUAUCCUAAUACCGCCCACGGCCUUGCAGCACCCUUCUAAAUUCAAUGAAACCGAGCAGGCCUGGGUAUGGGAGUAUGAUACGGGAGAUGGUAGCAAACACGACCUGUUUAUGGACUCGGGCGAAAUAAUUAGGUUCAGAGUCAUUGCUGAGAAUUUCACCGAGACCUGUCCGGCGGGGCCUACUAAUAUACAGGAAAGCAGCGAGGGAAAUGAGAAUAAAGUGCCCUAUACGUUAACGGGUAGUAUAAAUGAACCUGGUUUAGGACUUUUGACGUGGUGGGACAAUUAAUAUAACUAAGUUUUUUAUUUUUUUUGUAUAUGGAGCGAGAUAAUAAAAUUAAGUAAUUU